UUUUUUCCUAAGAGAGAAGCCACUGGAUGGCCUCACACGCUCAAAAAUAUAUAGCUAAACACUACUUUUCUGUUCUGGAGCACCAAAAUAUCCCUCGGCUUAAGUCAACUUUAAAGUCACAUGGUUGAGCCCUUUUCGCCCGCAAUGGAGGCAACGUGUAUGGUUUGAAUUAUGUGAAACCAAGCUCCUGUUCCUUAAAGAACUAUAGGUUUUCUGUAAGCCUUACAGCUGGGUAAUUGCAAACGUCACCAGCUCUACAGGAAGUAGCCCCGUGGAAAUUAUUUGCCGUUCAACAGCCGUUAUCUUUCAAUCUCACCAUAAAGGAAGUUUUCGGUCUCUCGCAUCUUCAGAGCUUUUUCCUUCACCGCUCCUGCGGGGCCCACCGCCCUCCCUCAAAAUGCUCCCGCAUAACAUGACCUGGAUGAACUAUCCAAGCCUGAGCAAAGAUCCCUCCACCAACUUUAAAGAGAUUAUAUUUGUCCAACAAGUCAUAUCAAGGUUCAUGCACGUCUACAUCGCUUUCUUUGUGCCAACGGGUUUAUUAGCCGGCACGGCUAUCCUGGGCAUUUGCAUCCAGAAUUAUCGGAGUCACAUCCUGGACAAAUUAGACAUCCUGUUUUUUUCCCAGACGGUCAGCAAUGUCUUCCUCAUCCUUUUAUCGCUCAUGAUCGCAGUGCGGCCGGCUUAUCUUCAAGUGUCCUACUUGGCCUGUGGAACGCUGUCAUUCUUUUUCAACCUGGGUUAUUUCUCUUCUCAGUUCCUCCUCCUCGUAAUCAUUCUCAGCCUUUGGCUUAGCAGAUGCCCUCCCCAAAAUGCUCUGAUCGGUAAGGCACACCAGAGCCCAAAGGUGUGUGUCGGUUUUGUCCUGGUGUGCAGUUUCUGCACUGCCUUGAUGCUGAGUGCCCUGCUGGGCAUCGAAAAUUACCAGGAAGAAACGGCCUGCCAGCUGGAUCCCUUGUUUGCCUGGCCUGAAUAUGAGAUCAUUAAAUUUACCUUGGGGUUCUGUGCACCGUCGCUAGCGGAGCUACUGUUCUCUAUCCUAGCAUUUGUGAAAGAGACUCAGGCAGGCAGAUAUUCCUCCAGAAAAAACAGCCAGCCCCGUUUGCCAGUUCUGGCCAUCACGGCAAGCAUGUUGGCGUGCCGCCUGUUUUACAACAUCCUGAUCCUGGCCAGGACCAGCUUGAAGAUCAAGGGAGAGGCAGGGACUGCUCAGAAUGAGCUGAUCAUGAAUAUAGCCGAGGUGGUUUUGUUCUGCGAAAGCUGCACUAGUUUGGUGAUCCUCCUCUUCCUGCACCCCCCUUACAGGACCACCCUGCUGAAUACUCUUAAAAACCUCACAACAAGUUGCAGGAGGAGGGGUGGCAAUCAGGCCCUUGAAAUUCAAGAAAACCAAACUGGACUUUGUGAAAUGCGCUGAUGCGAUGGGCCAAAAUAUUCAGCCUUUUGCAGAACUGCGCCUCAGUCGAGGUCAAGAAAAACAGAAACUGGAUGUUCUCCUUGUUCGU